AUGACGAGGAAGGAAGACAAAGCUGAAGACUCUGGGAAAGGGAUGCAGACUUCAGCAACGUUCAAGAUUGGGACUUCGGAUUCGACAGGACUACAAAUUACCUCCUGUCUUCUUAAUGGGGAUAAUUAUUUGACGUGGUCGAGAGCGAUGAGAAUUGCACUCACGGCUAAAGGGAAGUUGGGGUUCGUGGAAGGUAAAGUUCUGAAACCACCAACAGGAGAUACAAAUCUUGAGAGCUGGGAGAUGUGUAACUCCCUCAUAUUGGCAUGGAUAUUCAACGGAAUAGAGAAGGAGCUGCAGCCGAGUGCGGCUUAUGCCACUGAUGCGAAGAUUCUUUGGGAUGAUUUGAAGGAGAGGUAUUCACAGGGGAAUGAAAUGAGGAUUUAUCAGUUGAAGUCGGAUAUUAGUUUGUACAGGCAAGGAGGCAAGACGAUUCAGAGAUACUACUCAGGCAUCAAGACACUUUGGGAUGAGCUUGAAAAUUACCUCGAGUCACCAGGAUGCUCGUGUGACGCAGCAACAAGAUACAUAGCCCAGAGAGAAAAGGAGAAAAUAUACCAGUUCUUGAUGGGGUUGGAUGAGCAAUUUCGAGGGGUACGAUCCGACAUACUCAGGACCGAACCCUUACCCUCGAUGAGUAGAGUAUACCAGAUGAUCUCAGAAGAGGAAAAACAGCACACUAUUGCUCGUUCCAGAGAAGCCGCGCGCACGCCCGAAGGAGGAGCUGAAAUAGGGGCGUUCGUCGCCAGAAGUGGGAGUGAGAAUCGGCAAGGACAGAGAUGGACUGCCGAAGGUAAGCCGAUAUGCGACCACUGUGGUCGACCAGGGCACGUCAAGAGCUCUUGUUGGGCUCUUCAUGGGUCACCUGCAGAUGGAAACAAAGGAAAAUGGAAGAAAUCUGGAGCUCAAGGAAAGCAAGCAACCACAGGACAAUGGAAAGGGUCUGGACAAUGGAGUGGGGGGCGUGUGGCAGUAGCCAACACAGCAUAG